UUGUAAAUAACAAAACUGAGAGACAUAUUUUUUGUAAACAGAGACGCCAACACUCGCUGACGUGACUCACACUUCCUGUUUGGAGGUCUUGUUCAAGUCCAUUCCGAACAGUCUGGCUGCGAUGAAGUGCUCCCUGAAAGCAGGGAUCAGCUUGGCGGUGGCCAUGCAGCCCAGCGCCGACAGCAGGCAGUUGACCACAAGGGGCAGGGUCGGAACCGCGGACAUGAUCUAGUCGGUGUCUCCCGUAUGGCGACGAGUCGGAGCCUGGAACUAACCAGCCCUAGGAAAUAUGACCAUUAGGUCAUAGCAGCGUUUCGAUUUCGUUUUCUUUAUGACCAUCCGUCAGGUGAUCCGUGAGUCCAUGCGGCCUCGGGUCAAAGAACACUUCCGGACCAAGCCGUCGCCAAUGUUAGUUUAUUGAAAUAGGAGACAGUUCGUGGACCUCCGUGUUUGUGAUCAGUUCGUCUCGGCUUCCGGGUUCAAUAGGAAGUGACGUACUCGCAUUCAAAAAUAAAACACUGGGUCUUUUAAGACAGAUAUAGGAUAUUCUUGUUUGAAAAAAAAAAAAGGGAAAAUCGCCCCCUGCUGCCCACUUCAGCUUCUGUCGUGACGGUGAGGAGAGGUGCAGCCGAGGAGCAGAUCAAGGUUCCGAGCCAGUGGACGGUGGACGAGUCUCGUUCCGGGCUACGAUUGAGACCGUGUGCCGCUCUAAUGGUUUCGCUCUGUGCCGUGAGUCCAUCUGAUGUUCUGAUGACGCUGACAGUUCAGGAGUGAAGCGGACCUGCAGCGAAGUGUCCAGCAUGAUUGACGUUCUGGUCACUGUAGCUCUCGGGCUGCUGGUUCCGCCUGCCUCUCUGGAUACGCACAGCUGCGCGGAGUUCUGAUGGAGCACCCGGUGCUGGUGCUCCUCUUCCUGGCCUCCAUCCUCGUCGUCCUGGUCUGGCUCGUCCAGUAUUCGCUGGACGCUGUCCGGCUCUGGCGGUGCUGGAGGAGGAAGCAGUCGAGCCUCUGGACCCGGAGAGGACUGGUGUUGGACCUGCUGCGGUGGCCUGGGCGAAGCAGGUCAGAAGUGGGCUUGAAAGGAUUGUUGACCUCCCUCCUCUCCUUCAAGACCUUCAGGGAGGAGUGGCUGGGGAGCUGGCUCCAGGCUCUGAACCAACAGGCCCAUGGUCAACAGAGCUCCGUCCAGAUCACUUUUGAAAGCGGCGUGAAGGUGGCGCCCUCCUCGAGCAUCGACAGGGUGACCUGCACCAGCCGAUCGGCUCGUGGCAUGGUUCUUCUGUGUCAGUGUCGUGUCGAUGUGGUGACGUUCCCUGUGACGGUCACUCAGCAGUCGCCGGUGGUCGUGACCAUGGACAUCUUUCAGAUCACUGUCUCACCUGCUGUUGUGGAGAUUCAGGUGUGUCUGGAAGAGAUGGAGGGCGGUGGCCUGCUGGUGACCUGGUCUGUUUCGAAGCCGUCGUCUUUCUGUCUCAGAGCAACUCCUCGCAAACAUCUGAAGAAGCUGAAAGACAUUGACACGAUCCAGCGUCUCACAGAAGACGCCCUGUUCAGCUCUCAGCCUGCGCUGGUUCUGGACCUUCGGCCUGUCGUGUCCCGUCCUGGAAGCUUUAUGGAUCCAGCAGCAGCAGGGGAUGACCGCACAAAGCAACGUUGCUUACUCAUCCGGAUGCUCCGAGUGACCUUCAGUAAAGGCUACAGGUCCAGACAAGGAGAACUCUGCUGCGUCCUGAACCUUCACCCUCCAUCCACCCAGAAGAGCACAAGCUUCCUGCCGCUUCCAGAGACCGACGUGGAGCUGGUGUGGAGCGAGGAAAUCUCACUGUCCCUGAGUCCAGAAUCCAGGGAACUUCAGGUCAGACUGUUGGAGCGACUGGGCAAAAGAGAAGAGUUCCUUCCUGGUCAUGCUGCUGUGGACUUGAACCUCCAGCACAAAGUCCCCACCACUGUGACUCUGCUCCUGGGGUCAGGACCUGGCUCCCCUGUGAAAAUCACUGCUGAGCUGGUGUGUACAGAGACAGAUGAUGUCCCUUCCUCUCUAACACCUAACAAAGUGGGUGUGAACCGGACCGUCAUGGGGGACGGGACGGUUGUAACCAGGGUGACCACCGUACAGCCCACGCUGAGGCCGGACCACAGCUCUGAUCCAGUCGCAGACACGGCCAUUCGUCAGCUGACGGAGUGCAGAUUCAAGACGGGUGCGAGGAAAACCCCAACCAGGAGGAGCACACUCAUAAUCUCUGGCGUGGCGAAGGUUCCUCUCACAGACAAUGACCUGAUGGUGUCCAAAGACUACGCAGCCUCAAUGGAAGAAGUUCUGCAGCUCCAUCGAUCAGGGUCGGGUCGUCAAACAGAACCUGGCCCAACUAAAACUGCUGCUCUUUCUGGGCGUCCAUCAUUGGACGAUGUGGACUCGGAUACUGGUUCGACUGGAGUUUCAGAAACCAGAAGCCUCAAAGACCAUCGAGCCGGAUUCCUGCCGAGGGCAAUGUGGUUCCGCAGAAGACGCGGGGACACGCAGACGAGUAUCAGUCACUCUCAUGAAGACGUCUCCAACAUCAGCAGCUCUUCCAGCUGCAGGAAGAAGUCGGGGAGUUUCUCCAGACGGCUCAUCAAGCGAUUCUCCUUCCGAACCUCAAAAAAGUCUGAAGGCAGAGCGGGAUAUGAAGGGAAGAGCGCAGUGGAAAACUGAAUGAGGACAUUUUGCCGUGUCUCUUUUAGGGCCAAAGGUCAUGUCAGCUGCCCGCGGUGGAAGAUCCAUGGCAUCUCCAUCAAUGUUUGCACAGAAACUGAAGGAAAGAAAGAAUAUAUGUCUCUGUUUGGGGCUUAUGAAGGCAUUGUAGUCUGUUGAUGUUGCUAUUUUAGUGGCUUAAUGCUAGAAGGACAAUGACACCUUUUUAGAACAGAAGAACUUUGUUCCAGUGAACUCAGCUGAAACAAGAGAAAUGUCAGAGGUGAUACUCAGGGUGAAUAAGUUGGUCGUACACACCGCACUCUAUCAUUGAGAACGCUAUUUAAUUACGUAAAUAAA